CCAUUUUCUAUUUGUUUUAAUUUUUCUCUUUUCCCUUCUGCUAGUUCUUUUUUAUUCUUCUCGACUACUCUGCUUAGGUGAGGCCCCUCCACCGCCAAUCCUGCGACCAUAUGAUAUCUACUUCCACCGCCCUUACCUCCAUUUCUGCCGCCUUAUCUCCAUAUCCACCGCCUCCACCUCCGCCCCAUAGAACCAGCCGACCCUCUUCCUCCUCUCCCACAGCCGCGAAAUUGCCCGCUAGAAAUAAUUCUCUGGGAAUUUUUGGAUAAUAAGGGACUCUUAGAGAUGGACGAGGAAACAAUGAGUUCAGCACGCCGAAUGUCGACAAGGUCUCGUAAGAUUGCUCCAAAAAUGGCUGCAGCACUUGCUAACAGUGACAACCGAACACAGGCAAUAUUGGCCCGCCUAGAUGCUUUGGAGAGUGACAAUGGUGUACUGGAGCCAGUGCAACUUGAUGAAGAUGAUGAAGCUUCCUUAGAUGAGGAGGAUCAAGCACAUCAAAAGAAACAGUCCAGAGGCACAAAAAGAAAAACACGCCAAGCCAAGGCUCUUGAGAAUAAGAAGGCCCCAAAGUCAUUCCUUGAGCUCUUGAACGAGGCAAACUUAGAGUCGUUGCCUCCCCAUGUGCCUACCUACUUGAGAGCAGCUGUGGGACCUCCAAGCUCAAGUAGCCGUCGUCAUUUCUGCACGGUUUGUGGAUUCUCUGCCCACUAUGCAUGUGUGCAGUGCGGGAUGCGUUUUUGUUCAAUCCGGUGUCGGACUAUACACAACGAUACACGUUGCUUGAAAUUUGUUGCAUGAUUACAAGUUGAGUAAGAAGGUACAAAUAAUUACAUGCACGGUCAGUACCUCCUUUAAAACGGUGGCAUCAUGUAUUCAAAGUAGAAUUGACACCCCAGCUCUACGACAUUAUUAACAUCAACAUCCAAAUCUUAGAACUGAAACUCUGUGCAAGAUUUCUUUUUUGUGCAUAUGUACCAUUGGUAUAUGUUGAUCCAUAAAUUGUACGGAGUAUAUAUCCAAUUGCAAUUUUUAGUUGAAUGACAGAUGAGUUUUGGUCUUGUAUUUUGCUUUCCCAAUUGGCGACGAUGCUUUUUUCUG